GUAGUUUCAUUCAAAACAAUUAAACAAAAUCGAUAAAAUUCGCCCCUUGGAUUGCAGCCUGCAACUUAACAAGCGAGCGAGAGAGAAGAGAGAGAAAGACAGAGACGAGAGAUUCUCUCGGGUUUACGAGCAGGUUUUACUCUUCUGUUUUCUCCCCUUCGUUUUGGUGGAUUCUUCUUUUCUCGUUUUCGCUUAUAAUCCCUACUUGUCAUCGCUCCACUCCAGCAACGAAGCAACGCUGUGCUCGGGUUCAUUCACUCUGCUGGGCUCCUUUACGUUUCAUUCUGAAUCCUUCAGCGUUGCAACACUCUACGCAGGUUCAGGAAAUAUGGAUGGAUCGUCUAACAGAGGCAGCAGUGGCGUGGAUACUGUUCUUCCAAAUUACAAGCUUGGUAAAACUCUUGGUAUUGGUUCCUUUGGAAAGGUGAAAAUAGCUGAGCAUGCAUUGACUGGGCACAAAGUUGCUAUCAAGAUUCUUAACCGUCGCAAGAUUAAGAACAUGGAAAUGGAAGAGAAAGUGAGAAGAGAGAUCAAAAUCUUGAGGUUGUUCAUGCAUCCUCAUAUAAUACGGCUUUACGAGGUUAUAGAGACGCAAUCUGAUAUAUAUGUUGUUAUGGAGUAUGUAAAGUCAGGGGAGCUCUUUGAUUACAUUGUAGAGAAAGGUAGGUUGCAGGAAGAUGAAGCCCGCAACUUUUUCAGCAGGUAACAGAUAAUAUCUGGAGUGGAGUAUUGCCACAGGAAUAUGGUAGUUCAUAGAGACCUUAAGCCUGAAAAUCUGCUUUUGGAUUCUAAAUGGAAUGUAAAGAUUGCUGAUUUUGGUCUCAGUAACAUCAUGCGAGAUGGUCAUUUUCUGAAGACAAGUUGUGGGAGCCCAAACUAUGCAGCUCCAGAGGUUAUAUCUGGGAAAUUGUAUGCUGGACCUGAAGUAGAUGUAUGGAGUUGUGGUGUGAUAUUGUAUGCUCUUCUUUGUGGUACCCUCCCAUUUGAUGAUGAGAACAUUCCCAACCUUUUUAAGAAAAUCAAGGGUGGGAUAUACACCCUUCCAAGCCAUUUGUCACCUGGCGCUAGAGAUUUAAUCCCAAGGAUGCUUGUGGUUGAUCCAAUGAAACGGGUAACUAUUCCCGAGAUUCGCCAGCACCCUUGGUUCCAAGCGCAUCUUCCUCGUUAUCUAGCCGUUCCUCCACCAGAUACAAUGCAGCAAGCGAAAAAGAUUGAUGAGGAGAUUCUUCAGGAAGUGGUCAAGAUGGGAUUUGAUCGAAACCAACUUGUUGAAUCUUUGCGCAAUAGAAUACAAAAUGAGGGUACUGUUGCAUACUAUUUGUUGUUGGACAAUAAGUUCCGUGUUUCCAGUGGCUAUCUUGGAGCUGAAUUUCAAGAAACAUUGGAAUGUGGUUUCAAUCGUGUGCACCCAGGUGAAGCAGCUGCCUCACCUAUUGGACAGCGUAUUCCAGGAUAUAUGGAUUAUCAAGGGAUAGGCUAUAGACCACAGUUCCCAGUUGAGAGAAAAUGGGCUCUUGGACUUCAGUCUCGAGCCCAUCCUCGUGAGAUAAUGACAGAAGUUCUCAAAGCUCUGCAAGAACUCAAUGUUUGUUGGAAGAAGAUUGGGCACUACAACAUGAAGUGCAGGUGGGUUCCAGGAAUGCCAGGUCAUCAUGAAGGCAUGGUUAAUAAUCCAGUGCAUGGCAAUCAUUACUUUGGAGAUGACUCCAACAUUAUUGAGAAUGAUGGCAUUGUUAAGUCCCCGAAUGUUGUCAAGUUUGAGGUGCAGCUUUUCAAAACUGGAGAGAAGUAUCUGCUUGAUCUCCAGCGGGUUCAGGGGCCACAAUUUUUGUUCCUUGAUCUUUGUGCUGCAUUCCUUGCACAGCUCCGAGUUCUUUAAGUUGAGAAAGCUAGGUCCUCAGGAAGAUAUUGUUCCUUUUAUGAUGCAUGUGAAUAAGAACUGUUGUAUAUAACUUGAUUUUGGAUUUGAGUAUUAUCUGCCAGUGUUAAAUUUUCCCUCAGUUUUAGAGAUAGGGUAAUUAUCAUCUCAGGCCAGCUUUUAUUGAGUCGGUCAAGUUAAUGAAGCCCUGGUUUUGGAGCUUUCUGUUACUUUUAACUAGGGUUUGUCUAAAUGUAUGGAAUUCAAAAAAAAAUUUCAUGAAUUAUCUGAUAGAAUUAACCA